AUGGUUAGCAGCAGCUAUACCGUCAAACUCAACCCUCAGAUUCUCAAUACUCUGCUUAGUUUCCUGCAGUCGAGCCCCAACAGAUGCGAUCUCCUUCUCCUUCCUCUCUUUAGCCAACUCCACCUUGGAGAGCUUCCCCUGCAGCUUUCGUACUUGCUCUUUCAGCUUCUCAAUCUCUUUCUCUAUCUCGGUUUUCUCAACCUGGUGGCCCAACAUCUCACGGUUGAGCUCCCCCACCUUGCCUGCAAGCUUCGCCUCUUUAUCCUUAACAGAGAUAAGUUGAGCCACGCGAGCACGCAGAGUCACGACAUCAAAACCAUGCAGCUCCAGCUCAGCAAGUAUCUCCAAGAUAUCGUCCAUGGAGCUUUUGGCACUGUCGAACAGCAGCUUGCAAGUGGUUUCAAACACGCUGGAGAAGUUUACCAUGUGAGCUAUGGCCAGGCCCUCUCGCAUGCUCUCCUUGACGUUUUGCAAAGGCUGGAAAUGUGGGCUUUGCGGUAG